GACGUAUGACUGACCAGGGAAGUGUACGAAGACACGGAGAGUACCCUCGUCCGGUUUUUUACAAAGCUCGAUAUGACUCGGCUGGGUCUCUCCAGAUCUCUAUUCACACCAGCUGAUUCUCUACGUCAAAUAAAGAAGAGCCCACGUGUGUUACUGAUCUACAAUGUCGAACGAAAUAUGUGCGAAACAAUGCAAUAUGAGCGAAUUGAUGCGAGAAGAUACGGAUUCGGAGGUCUUUUUCCAAAAGUAUACCUUAUCAGAAGAGACCACAGCGAGACUCGAAUCUAUCAGGAAAAUAAUGAAGGAUAAUAUUGCCCAGGCAAAUCCUCUGUGGAAAGUGAUAGCAGGAGAGAAUGAAGAAGAAGUAUGUUCAGAAAGUGAAAACAGUGAUAAUGAUGAUGAAUCAAACCAUAAUGAAUCGCAGAUGAUACAUGACCAAUUAGUAUUACCAUCUACUCAAUUUUACUUUACGCAAGCCGAGAGAACAGUUAUAGAAUCUGAAAAAUCUGUUACUGUAUCACCACAAAGAUGUGAUAUUUUAGAGUCUGCUUGUGAGAGUUUAGAACGAAAUAAUGGCAGACUAGACUUUGCUCAAUUAGAAAAUCUGUCCAAUGAAGAUCUUAUCUCAGUGGUGAAUGAGAUGGCAGGAAAAUUAAGUUCAAAGGGUAUUUAUAAUCUGUGUGCAUCGUUGAACAAUAUGACUAUCGAACAGAGAAUAAAAUAUCUCAAUAUAUUGUGCACACAUUUGUUGCUGCCAAAGAUAAUCGAACUUGAGGAGCCGUCUCGUUUAUUGUCAUCUGCAAUUGUGGAAUGCAUUAAAAACUUUCCUGAUGAGAUUCAGCAGUUUAUAUUUGUUCCUCUUCUCAAUGCUGAGUUAAAAGACACAAUGUUGAUCACUACUAUUGUAAACACAUUUGAUCUGCAAAAGAAAAUAGUUCUUUUAGAAGAGUUUCUUACAUAUGUCAAGGAGAUAAAGCCAUGGCACUUAUCUAUAUUACAAAAUUUCUUAUCCGUAAGACUGAAUCAUAAUAUGAUUGACAAAAUUACAAAACUAUUUUCGGGAAAAGCGCUUUAUUACUCUAAAGAUAAAACUUUUGGUAAACUUGUAUUAUCAUUUUUAAAAAUGAAUACAGGACUGUCUCAAGAGCAGAAAAAUCUAAUGGCCGAAGUCGUUGCCCUCAAUGAAACGUUAUUCAGGAAACCCAUGGAAAAUAUCUUAAAGAAUAUGUAGAUCAUUAAGUAACAUCUAAAAAAAAUUAAUGAUUAAAAAAAGGUUACUGUGUUUAAAGUUUCUUCUAAUUAAUGAAGUUACUCAAGAGAGCUAAAGAUUUUUUUAUUAUUUAAGAUCUAACUUUUAUAGUUUUUAAAUGUAUUUCUAGAUUUAUAUAUUCGAUAUUAAUAAGACAGAUGAAUCCAU